UAUUUGUCCACAGGCACAGCUGGUCCACAGUCCAUUGCCUGCCAGGGGCCAAGAGCGGCUCUGACCACCCAAGGACUCUCCCUCCCUUCCCAACUCAAGUGCUGACAACUGACCUCUGACUCCUGACCUCUGGCCUCACCUUUCCCACCCUGCUCUUCCUAAGGGGCUGGGAAACCUCUAGAAACUUCGCUGUAGACUUGGGUGUUGACGCCUGGCUCACCCCAGGAGCCAAGGCCGUGCAGGGGGCUCGGUUCUCAGCCCCCAGCUGGGCCACCAUGGCGCGGCGGCUCCAGGACGAGCUGGCCGCCUUCUUCUUUGAGUAUGACACUCCCCGCAUGGUGCUUGUGCGCAACAAGAAGGUGGGCGUCAUCUUCCGCCUGAUCCAGCUCGUGGUUCUGGUCUACGUCAUUGGGUGGGUGUUUGUCUAUGAGAAGGGCUACCAGACCUCGAGUGGCCUUAUCAGCAGCGUGUCUGUGAAACUCAAGGGUCUGGCUGUGACGAAGCUCCCAAGCCUGGGCCCCCAGGUCUGGGAUGUGGCUGACUACGUCUUCCCAGCCCAGGGGGACAACUCCUUUGUGGUCAUGACCAAUUUUAUCGCCACCCCCCGGCAGGCCCAAGGCCACUGUGCAGAGAACCCAGAAGGGGGCACGUGCACGAAUAAUAGUGGCUGCACCCCGGGAAAGGCAGAAAGGAAGGCCCAAGGCAUCCGCACAGGCAAGUGUGUGGCCUUCAACGACAUCGUGCAUACGUGUGAGAUCUUUGGCUGGUGCCCCGUGGAGGUGGAUGACAACAUCCCAUGCCCUGCCCUUCUCCGAGAGGCCGAGAACUUCACUCUCUUCAUCAAGAACAGCAUCAGCUUUCCACGCUUCAAGGUCACCAGGCGCAACCUGGUGGAGGAGGUGGAUGCCGCCUACAUGAAGACCUGCCUCUAUCACAAGACCUUGCACCCACUGUGCCCAGUUUUCAAGCUCGGCUAUAUGGUACAAGAGUCAGGCCAGAAUUUUAGCACCUUGGCCGAGAAGGGCGGGGUGGUAGGCAUCACCAUCGACUGGCACUGUGACCUGGACUGGCAUGUGCGACACUGCAAACCCGUCUAUGAGUUCCACGGGCUGUAUGAAGAGAAAAAACUGUCUCAAGGCUUCAACUUCAGGUUUGCCAGGCACUUCGUGGAGAAUGGGACCAACUACCGGCACCUGUUCAAGGUGUUUGGGAUUCGCUUUGACAUCCUCGUGGACGGCAAGGCUGGCAAGUUUGACAUCAUCCCCACCAUGACCACCAUUGGCUCUGGGAUUGGCAUCUUUGGGGUGGUUCCCGUGCGCCGCCCCUCAGGCCACGGUUCUCUGCGAUCUGCUGCUGCUCCACAUCCUGCCCAGGAGGCACUACUACAAGCAGAAGAAGUUCAAGUACGCGGAGGACAUGGGGUCAGGGCCGGGGGCGCACGACCCUGCGGCCACCAGCUCCACCCUGGUUCUGCAGGACAACGUGAAGACAUCCUGACCUCUGUCCCCCCCCUCCUACUGGACACAGCAGGCAGGGAGCCUGGUGGGGUCUCAGCCAGGGUGGAGGGGUCUCCCCAGGAGCGCUCCCACCCUCUCGGCCAGGCAGACACCAGGUUGCCGGAAGCUCAGGGUGGACUCUGGGAGAGACCUGCACAAUUCUGGGCUCUGGCUCCAACUCUGCAGCCCCCAAGGGAGCCUCACACCAGCCUCAGCCACUCCUGGCCCCAGGUUUUAUGCCUCUCCCUCUGGGCCCUUGUCCAUCCAUCCUACUCCCUCAUGUCUCCAGACCUCUGCUGUCCCAUAUGGCAGCCACUAGCCAUCGGUGACUAUUUAAAUUAAUUAAGAUUGAAUAAAAUUAAAACUUCAGUUCCUCAAA